CCACCACUAAUCAGUGCGCUAUGUCGGUCGACAGGGGGCGAUGACUGUCAUCUCGUCUGCGGCGGAGGGGGCGCGUCUGUGCCGAAGGGAAAGCGGGAUUCAAUUUCAAACCCGAGUCAGAGAGGGAAGCGCCAUCGGAUUGGGCGAUUAGCAUUAAACACGCGGAUAACUUGUACGUUUCACGAUUAAAAACAAAAAACGCCGAAGGUCGUCGUCUCGUUUGGAAGAGUGGCGUGGCGCGUCUUCGCUAUAGUGCGAUUCUAUUUGGGGGAGAAAAAGACGCUUCUCUGCCUCAUCAUCAGCUGCAGGUGUUAAAAAACAAUAUCCCGCGUUUAAAACUCUUUUUUUUUGGUAAUUGCCUGUCGGUUCGAUUGCGCGCUGCAACGUCGAUUUGUGCGGGAAGCAUGCCGAGGUCCAACAGACAGCGGGAAUACAAACCCGGAGACCUGGUAUUUGCUAAAAUGAAGGGCUAUCCACACUGGCCUGCUCGGAUUGAUGAGUUCCCUGAGCGGGCGGUGAAGUCCCCCUCCAACAAGUACCAGGUGUUCUUUUUCGGGACGCACGAGACGGCGUCCCUCGGCGCCAAGGAUUUGUUCCCGUAUGACGAGUGCAAGGAGAAGUUUGGCAAGGCGAACAAGAGGAAAGGCUUCGCUGAGGGCCUUUGGGAGAUUGAGAACAAUCCUACGGUCACACACGAGGGCUUUAAGUCCUCAAAGAAAGACAAUGCGUCCCAAGAAGCGGCCGGUUCAGAGAAAGGCGACGGCAGCAGCGACGAGGAUGAGGGCGCCCUCGUCAUCGACGAGAAGAAUGACAGAGGAGGAAAUAAACGCAAGGCAGACGAGUCGGCUGAGGUGUCGCCCAAGAGGCCGAAGGACGGCGAGGCGGAGGGUGCCUCCAACGUGGGCGACGCCAAGACGGAGGGCAAGGCCAACGAUGUGGAUGCCGCACCCAAGGCCGCUGCUCCCACCUCGCAGGCCGAGUCCAAAGCAGAGGAGCAGGACACCAAGGCAGCAGGGGGGCAGCAGACGGCAGACAAGGCCGUGACAGAGAGCGCUUAACAUCCACCUCUGGCAGACAAGAACCUUUUUGAUGCUUCUCACUGGAAUCCUAAGCAUCAAACAGCAAGACCUGCAGGAAGACACGUUUCUCAAAGUCCAAUUCAUAAUAAUUGCAAAAAAAAAAAAACACAAAAAAACAAGCCAGUGUUCACCCGUCAAAUUGGGAUAUCAUAUAUCCCAGAAAUCAGAUUUCCAACAAUUGAAUCGAGAAAUGGGA